AUGGCACAGGGGUCAAAUUUAUAUCAUCGUACUCUUCCCUCUAAGCAACGUAUGAAUGAUCAUAUCAACAUAGAGACCGCGAUCACCUCACCUGAUCAGGGCGAGAAAGAGGUGACGAAAAAGCGAAAACGAUCUUCAUCACGAAAAUACAAUUUCCCACCGGGAACAACACGCAAGGAAAGAAACAGAGUAUACAAAAAAGCGCAUUAUGCUUCAAUGUCACCUAGUCGCAAAGCUGAUUAUCUCGCAAAAGUGAAAGUAAGAGAAUCGAAACCAGAAGUGAAACUGGCCAUUUCUAUCAAAAGAAAAGAAUGGUAUCAUAAUCUUUCCAAAGAUCGAAAAGAGGAAUAUAGCAAAAAGGUGCUUGAAGCAAAGAAAAGACGGCUUGAAAGAUUAUCCGCUGAAGAACGUCAGGCGAAACACCUUGAAAGAAAUGCUAUAGAAAGAGAUAGACACAGACGAAAAAAAGCAGAAGCGCUCGCGAAAGAAAGCCAAACAUGAACGGGCAAGCUUGAGGUGGACAGCUUUUUGAAGAUUGCGAAAGCUAGAAUACAGAACCUUUCAG